UCUCCACACCUCAGCUUCUUCACCCGACGCUUUUCCACCUCCUCUUUCCUUCCACACCUCCGUGUAAGCCCCUCUCAUCUUUACCCAGCUCCCGUCCAAAUCAGCUCUACGUUUCAAACAUGGACUCCUCCGGGGAGACGACCGCAGGGCAGGACGGACACCUCGACUUCAGGAGCAGCCCCGGUCGCUCUGACCUCAGCGGACUGUACCACCUGGGGCGGACGUUGGGCAGGGGCCACUUUGCGGUGGUCAAACUGGCUCGUCACGUCAACACCGGCCAACUGGUGGCCGUCAAGAUGAUCAACAAGACAAAACUCGACAUUAUGGCAACAAGCCACCUCUUACAGGAAGUGAGGUGCAUGAGGCUCGUGCAGCAUCCCAACGUGGUUCGACUCUACGAGGUCAUCGACACGCCCACCACCCUGUACCUGAUCAUGGAGCUGGCUGAGGGCGGCGACCUCUACGACUACAUCCUCCGCCACGAGGCGGGCGUGGCCGAGGACAUCGCCAAGCGUCACUUCGCCCAGAUAGUGCGCGCUGUUGCGUACUGCCACCAGCUCCACGUGGUGCACCGGGACUUGAAGCCCGAGAACGUGGUGUUCUUUCCGCAGCAGGGCGCCGUGAAGCUGACGGACUUUGGCUUCAGCAACUUGUUUCAACCGGGGACGAUGCUGGCGACGAGCUGUGGGUCGCUGGCGUACUCCGCUCCGGAGAUUCUGCUGGGAGAAGAGUACAAUGCUCCAGCUGUAG